AUGGCACUGUUCAGUGAAGGAGGAGGAAGUUUUCCAGAUGUUGCGAUAAUCGUCGGUCUCCUCGUAUUUUGCCUUAUCUCCACUGCUGUUAAUCCGGUAGUGUUCAUUUAUAACAGCAGAAAGUUAAAGUCAGUUCCUCAGUUCCUGUUCAGAAUGCUAGCUGCAGUGGACUUUUUAACGUGCCUUGUCAUUCCUAUCUCGGUCAGUGUUAACGUAUUGAAACUUAACGAUCAAGAUCAAGAAUGUAAUACAGUAGACAACAAAACAGUUUGUCCACCACCCCCAUAUCUGGAGGAACAUGAUGAUGUUACUUUAACAGAGAAAAUAAUGGGAAUAACCACGUGGACGCUCCUCAUCACACCCCCUAUGAUAACAGCUCUCCUCGCCACCUCACGGUACCUACAGACCCGGUACCCUCUCCGCCGGCUCAAGCUCCGCUACAUCAUCGUCUUCCUCUUCCUCUACCUGGUGUACGUGGUGGUGUGCCUCAGCUGUCUGUUCUUCCAGGACCACACUCGUUAUUACUCCCGGAUACAGUCCGUGUGGAAUGUAUUCCCAGGGUUGGAUAUGCUGGGUACGGUUCUAGCGUUCACCGCACCUUGUAUCGUGUGUCAGGUCCUCUCUGUUUUAUUCUCCCUGCUCACUGUCUUGGAACUGUUUAAGAGUAUAAGGGACCCAGCUGCCGUGCAACUCAGGAAACAUGGGUGGAAGUGUAGUUUGAAGAUCCUUAUAACUAACUUUGGGAGUAUCCUCUUCAUGGUAUUUUAUUUAGCCAUGAUUAAGAUCGCGGGGGUGCAGAAAGAGCGUACUAAAACGGACUGCAUACUUUAUCUUAUGUAUUCAGUGGCUGUUCCUGUGUUUUUAUCUGUCUUUAACCCUGUUAUAUUCGUACUCUUUACUCCGCAAACUUUCAUAAUGGCAUGGCAGAAGUUCGCUCACCGGCAGAGUAUCCCCUCGAGAGUCCAAAGUAUAGACUUGCUGAACAUUCACCCUAAACCUCACACUGCCAUAGAAGCCAAGACUGACACCCCAAAAGUCUACAAAAUCGGAAAAACAUCAACAGUAUGCCAGGUAAAGCAGAUCAGCGAAGUAGACCUCCAGAACAUGGUGUACAGUAACUUCCACACGAUCAGGAAGGAGACGCAGAACAACGUGUUGGAGAGGAUGCAGAGUCCCGUGGUGUUUGAUCUGAGCGAGGGUGGUGACAGGCAGAGGAGGGUCAGUCGGUUUAUGAGCAUGGAUCAGAGCGAGAGUCUCAUCUCCCCGCUGAGUGGGGCUGAUGACAAUUUCUCUGUGUUCAGUAGAAAUUCCUCAGUUAAUGUGGGAAGGCGGGACACUGCAGCUAGUAGGGGUGGGAACAGUAGGAAAGACUGUGAUGGUGUUCUGGAUACAAGGAGUUUCCCUAAUGUAGCAGUGCUCAAUAAGAAAGCACUGAGUGCCAUUGCUGUUGUAGCCGAAAGAGAAAGUGAAAGCAAAUCUGAAACUAACUCUAACAAAGAAACUGAAAACAAACCUGGUGCUCUUACUAUUGAUAAAACUGACAUUAAACCUGAAUGUGUUUCGGUCGAAGAUAUCAUUUUGAACGCUAAAGUAAGUGCGAGUAGCGGAGAGCUUACAGAAGACGAGGUGAUUGCUGACAUAAUCGCAGCAGUGGAAGUAGCCGAACCUCAACGAGCGUUUGAGACACUAAAACGUGAGGAUAUAUUGAGCAACAGUGAUAAUAUGAGUGAUGGAGACUUGAAUGAAUUUGAUUGGGAAAUCGAAAAGGAGGCGGUUUUAACAGCGCUGCGAAGUAAAAUAACUAAUACUAUUGAUAAACGUUGAAUUUAACUUAAACUAACAGUUUGGACAGUAAUGAAGAAAGGGUUAUUGUUAAGGUUUUUGAUAUUUUGUCAUUUUUCAGUUUUUUUUUCCUCUAUAAAGUUAUAAAUCACCUUCGUCGUAACAUAACUAGAGAAUUUUUGUUUCUAAUUUCGAGUUUACUAGUAAGUAUAUGAAGUGGAAGGGAGAUAAAAGUACGGCUGGAUACGGAAAUUCAGCAUCUAUAAUUGUCACUCCGUUAUUUAUUGAAUUAUAUUUUUAAUUCUAUUAAAUCCUGUC